GCCGUCCACCAUCUUGGACGGAACAGAGACAGUAUAGAACAUUUUAACACUAAUACUUUUACUGUUUCUUCUUCUCGUCGUCCUCCAUGGAGGAAAAGCGAACAUCCCAUAGGUCCAAGAAGCACCUGAAAUGUGCCCCAGAUGAAGGGUUCUGGGACUGUAGUGUAUGCACCUACAGAAAUUCACCAGAAGCGUACAAAUGUGAAAUGUGUGAUGUUCGCAAAGGAACGUCAACAAGAAAACCUCGAAUAAACCCCCAGCUUGUUGCCCAACAAGUAGCCCAGCAGUUUGCUCCCCCAGCGCCACCCAAGAGAGAAAAGAUAGGAAACCCAGCUAAAAAAGGCAAACUUGAUCCCAGCUCAGGCAGGAAAAGUAAUCGGCCUCCCCGUUUAAAGAACAUUGAUCGCAGUAGUGCACGCCACAUGUCGGUGACAGUCGGCAGUGUGACGGUCAUUAUUACGGACUACCAACAAAAGAAAAAAGACACCCGCUCUUCAGAAACUCAUAUCAGCUCAGAUAACAGUGACACUAACUCCUCCAGUGCUGGAAUUGAUCCCAUUGAUCAUGAGGAGGUCGAUGAUGAGGAGGAAAACCAUGCAGAUAACAGAUAGACACUCGCUGAUUGGCUGAUAGUUACAAAAAUGUUUUAUUAUCUUCAUAGUCAUUGGUCAGUGGUGGACAAGCAAGCCAUCAUCAUAACAGAGAAGAUUGCCGAUUGGCUGAUGUUGUUAAAAUGUUAUAUUAUCUUCAUACUCAGUGGUCAGUAGUGGAAAAGCAAGCUGACGUCAGCAGAGAAGAUGGCCAAUUGGCUGAUAUUAUCAAAAUGUUUAUGAAUAUUAUCUUCAUAGUCAUUGGUCAGUAAUGUACAAGCUGACGUAACAGAGAAGACGACGGAUUGUCUGAUAAUUGUUACAAUGUUUUAUCUUCAUAGUCAUUGGUCAGUAGUGUACAAGCAAUCUGAUGUUUCAACAAAGAAGACUACUGAUUGGCUGAUGUUGUUAAAUUUUUUAUUAUAUUCAUAGUCAUUGGUCACUAGUGGACAAGCAAGCUGACAUCCCAACAAAGGACAUGGAAUGCACUAUAACAAAUUCAUUUUAAAACAGUGCAAAUAAAUCACUUUUAUCAGACGCUUUUAUAACACACAUUAAGAAAUGCUUCCAAAAAUAAUAGCUUGACAUAAUUUAGCCCACGCUGCAUUACAAGGGUAAAAGGCAAAUAAAACAGAAAAGGAUGCAUGUUAUGGGUUAGUCAUACAGGUACUAAGAUCAUAAAAAAAGAAAGAAAAAAGAUCAUACAACUCAGAACAAUUUAAACUAGUUCAGGUGAAAAUGUCUGCAGUCUAGACCUCUUCAUGGCAAUCAAAACUAUUUUGAUCUAGAUUCAUUAAAUAAACACUUAGUGUUUGUACCUAUAUGAUUUAGACCAAAUGAAAAAAAUUUGAUGGUUAAGAUGAAUUUUAAAAGUGGUUUAUCAGCCAAGAUGACAGCUCAUUAAUAUCAAAAGGUUAAAAAGAACAAGUCUCAUGCUUACCAUAAGAAACAUGUUAAAAAGAAUAAGUAUUGUGCUUACAAUAAGAAUAGAGAGUUGGGUUUGUGUAAAUUGUUGUGCAGUAUUGUUUUUGGAAUGUGAUGUUUGCAGGACUCCAUAUGGAAAGUAUUAUUGUGCUUUGGUGUGUAAAGAAACUGUAACAUGAUUUGGUCCCAUGCUUGUGAAGCUUUUAGGGUCUUAACUCUUACUCAGUCUUAAAAACUGUAAAUGUUUGUUCUGAGAUGGGACACAAAGGGUCUGUUCUCAUUUGCAGUUCAGAGGUAAAAGUUUGAUAGAGAGGAAAUUGACUUUUGGGGGUGGGAGAUGGGGGGGAUCUUUUAAAAAAACAUUACAAUGUCAAAAAGUAGGGGUUCAGUGAGAGAGGUUUUUUUUUAGAGAAUAAGGACAACAAAAAAAAAGGUUUGGGUGGCACUAAAAUCCAAGGUUUGUUUUUUCAUUCCUGCUUUCAAAUCUUGAUCCAUAAUAAUUUAAAGGCUCCACUAUAGAAAUACCAGGACUUAUCCUAAAGACAUGCAUUGAACCGUCGGUGGAAUCGGAGUAUAAGUGUAUAUUUUUCAUUUCGAGUCUGGACAAACUGAUAGUUGAACAGUUGGCUAGAACUCUGUUUUUAGAUUCUAGAUGUUUGCAGAUCUCAGUCAUAAGUUCCCAGACUAAAACUAGACCCUGAAAGUUUUAUAAGUACAAGCCUUGGUUUGUGGAUCAGCAUCAUGCAUAGUGUUAGAGUACAGAUUUCUAGUCUAGUUUUUAAAACGAGCGUGGUGAAAAAAACAAGACUUACAUUGAGCAAUGUGUACUACUAGGUGUACAUGCAUGUUUGGACACUUAAAAAAAAUGGUGACUGAUUUAAAAAACCUGAGCCAUUGUGCCCAUUACUGCGUGCUACGUACUAACUGCUUGGAUUCUGUGAUGUUCUUGGCUUGGAAAGUGUUUGGCCAAUUCUUUAUUUAAAUGUGUUGUUUUCUACUGGAGAGAGAUGUAUGUGCUAACAUGUAUAAUGUGCGUGUGGAGUGGAUAAACUGUGUACAGAAUUAAGACAUUAUUCACCAGUAUAUUGACGGUGUGACGACAUAUUGUUAUUUCUAUUCAUAUUUACCAAAGCAUUUCCGUACCGAUGUACAUACCGGAAACAGAUCUAGAACACAAAGUUGAUCUUGUCUUCACAUUUUCAUAUAGGCACCAUGUUACAAACAAAUAUAUAUGUUUUUCAUUUGUUAUACUUUUUUUUCCAGUACUGGUUUGGAAAGUAGUACAAUGUACCAUAAGUUUACAUGUACAUGUAGUUUUGAAUUUACUGCCAAAUAUAUUUUUUAUCAAAACCAUUAUCAUUAUUCGUAAACUAGAUGGACACACUUGUAAUAUGCAAGAUGUACCUGCAAAUAGGGAAAGUACAAGGACAGGUAGUCUUUGUUAUUCAGGUAAUCGAGCCCUGAAAUAAAAAAAAAUGUCUGGCAAAAAAAACAUUGGGGGUUGGGAACCAAAUAGAAAUGUAGUCCACAGGAAAAAAAAAUGCUACGGAGAAUUUAAAAUUGCAUGGCAAUCUCCAAUCCGAUUGCUGUGUGUAUCUGCAGAUAUUCAGUAACCAAAUUGAGGAUAAAAAAUAUGUCUUAUUGUCUAUAUAUUUCUACUCUAUUUACUGAUUCUUUGUUAUUUGACUGAUACAUACUAUAAAUAUCUUAACUAGGGCAGUUUUGGUGCCUUAAUACAUAUUUUUAUGUAUAUCAGUGAAAACCAGAGGAAAUGUUAUUCCAAAGUAUUUUGUCAUACAUAACUAGGUGUAGGAAAGCUCAACAACAACAAAAAAGUAAUUAAAGAAAUAAAAUGCAUUGCACAAAGUGCCUAAAUAACCAUUUUGCUUGUAAUAUCCUUAAAUUGGUCAUCUCUAGCAGACUAUAUUUAUUAAACAUGUCUGUUAAUAGAAUGUUGUCAGUUGCGUUUGAAUUUAGUUUUACGCAAUUUAAUACUUAACCAUCUUACAAAUACAUGUACCUGUACCUCUUAAUAAUUAAUAAUUAAAAUCAUAAAUGCAAAUUGGUAUCAAACUAUAUGCAUACACACCUUUGUCAUAUUUCAGAUCUUCAUCUAACUGCAAUAUCAUUGUGGAAAAAAAACAUUUAUCUUUUCACUUUUUAAAGUUGACACAUGUUACUGUUACUCUGAUACUUUACUGAGAAGAGGGAGAGGUUUUAUUGUUCAUACACUUAUUACUCUUGAUCAUCUGAAUAUUGCAAUUUUAUUGCAAAAAAAUUCAUACAUUAUUAACUGCAUGUUAUUCUUUUUAUUUUUCUCUUCUUUUAAAAAUUAAAAAAAAAAAUUAUUUGAAAUAUUCACUCACUAUAAAAUUAAGGUAGUUAAGUUUGUACUUUUAAAAUCUAUGAAAUUAACCAUAGCAUAGUUAUUUGAAGGCAAGUAUGGAUUUUUUUUUUUUUAUCUUUACAGAUUAAUUAAUAGUAAUACAUGAUUGUACAGGCAGAGUUUCUUAUUUGUGGUGAUUUUUUUUGAUAGGUCGUAGAGAAACAUUACAGUUGUUCAUGAAAAUUGUUUUAAUUGUCUGCAGCUUGCUACUUUUGAAUUCCAGCCUUGUGGACGAGUUAGCAGCAGUGUUGUGUAACAUGUGAACCUCACUAUGCUCGCCUUAUUGAUCGAGAGCAAUGACAUGUACACGUACACUAAAGGUUUUAUGUCACAAAAACCGUUGAGGUCAGCAAUAUUUCAUAUUAUAGUCAAUAAACUGUUUAUUAGACACUUUCACUUUCAAGGCAAAUGUCGAUUUUUGUGACAUUCAACACCUUUUUGGGUUUUUAAACUUCAAAAAGGAAUUAAGGCAGCAUUUUCGAGGCAUUGGUGCUUGCACCACAAAGAAUUGUGGGUUUGGAUCAGUGUUAAAACAUGCAUGAUGAGCAAGACGUUGAAUUGUAUGAUUUACAUGUAGCUGGUAGAGUUGGAUUUUGUAUGAUACAAUAAAAUUACAUGUACAGUAAA